GUGCUCAGUCCGCUGCUGCUGCUGCUGCUGAUGAUGAUGAUGAUGAUGUUGCUGUUGCGGAGGGUGGCGCUGACCCUUCAGUGCAGCAAAUAGACCCGCAUGCACUUGCUGCAGCAGAUGGGGCCUCGACAUUUACCAUCCCCAACGCCCACAACAGACUUGCGCAGCAGCGGGCGCAGCAGCAGCAAGCCAAGACUGCUGCUGCUCCAGCUGCUGCAGCGGCGGCCGCUGCUGCUGCUCCAGCAACAGCAGCAGCUGCUGCUGUCGCUGCUGCUGCGGCUCCAGCUGCUGUGAAGGCGGCAGCAGAAACGCGAGAGAAAGACUCGACAGGAAGCACACAAGCUGUUGCUGCUGCUGUUGCAACAACAGCAGCAGCAGCAGCAACACAAGGGGCCAUUGCUGCAACCGGCGCCAGCAGCACGCUGCCUCCAGCAGCAGCAGCAGCAGCAGCGGCCACUGCAGCAGCAGCUGCUGCUGCAGAUGCCGCGCGCGCGUCGGCUGCUGCUGCGCAAGCAGCAGCAGCGGCAGACGAAAGCAGCAGCCGGUCUAAGCAGUCCCAGACAGGCCAGCCGCAUGCAGCAGCAGCAGCAGCAGCAGCAGCAGCAGCAGAGCAGCACGAUGCUGCUGCUGAGCGGCACACCCCAACGCCUGCUGCUCCUGCUGCAGGCGUUGCUGCAGAGACGGCAGCGACUGCGAAGGAGACAGCAAAAGCAGCAGCAGCAGCAGCACACUCCGCCGCAGCUGUGGCCCAGGCUGCUGCUGCUGCUGCUGCCCUGCAUGCAGCAGCAACAGAUGAAGCUUUUGCUGCAGUGCAGAGGGGACCCACUGGCGACAGCGGGGGCAAGAAACCCAGCCAGCUCGAGCAGCAGCAGCAGCAGCAGCAGCAGCAGCAGCAGCAGCAGCAGAACCCUGGUGCGGCUUCGGCUGCAGGCGCUGCAGCAGCUACUCUGGCAGCUGCAGCAACUCGAACCCCCACGCCGACAAGCGCUGCUGCUCCUGCAGCAGCAGCAGCAGCAGCAGCAGCAGCAGCAUUAGCAGCACCCGCAGCAGCGACAGCAGCACCAGCGAAACCACAAACAACAGCAGCCGCGGGAGCAGCAGCAACAGGAGCUGCUGCUGCAGCUGCUGCUGCCUUGUCUGCAAAAACAAAUGCUGCUGGCGCACCAUCCAGCAGCAGCAAACCACCAGGUAGCUGA